CGAGGUUAUAUAAAGGAGUGUCGGCGGCCGGCCGGGCGCUGUUCACAGUAUGGCCGGCGAUAUUAGCUAGCGGUCGCUCAACAAAUUCUCUGUCAAAAGGGAUCGGCGAAAUUUAAAAAAAACAGGAAACAAAAAAAAAUAUAUAGAAGCUGAAUCUCGUGACACCCAGUAACAGAGAAAUUGAAACUAACUUAUUAUAAUUAAGCUUUUACGAAAAAAAAAGAAACAAAGUGACUUGUGUGUUUUUUUUUUUCAUUUUGCGCGAUUUUGUUUCACGAUGGAAAACGGUGCACACUUUUUCGAAGGUACCGAGAAGCUGCUGGAGGUGUGGUUUUCUCGGCAGGAUCUGUGCAAGGGAUCGGGAGACCUCCGGACCAUUCCAAGGUUUGAGUGGGACAAACUAUUGGAAAAUGUGCAUUGUUUGAUCAUAAGUGUGACAAAGACAGACUGGCAGGAAGCCUAUAUACUCAGUGAGAGUAGCAUGUUUGUCUCCAAGAGACGUUUCAUUUUGAAGACAUGUGGUACUACCCUCUUACUGCAAGCACUGGUGCCUCUGUUGGAGCUCGCUCGUGAAUACUGUGGCUUUGACUCCAUUCAGGAUUUCUUCUAUUCCCGCAAAAACUUCAUCAAGCCAGUACAUCAGGAAUACCCACACAGGAACUUUCAGGAGGAGGUUGAAUUUCUGAAUGUAGUGUUUCCAAAUGGGGCGGCCUAUUGCAUGGGACGCAUUAAUUCUGAUUGUUGGUACCUUUACACUCUGGAUAUGCCAGAGGACAGUGGGAUCAAACAGCCAGAUCAGACACUGGAGGUCCUGAUGAGUGAGCUUGACCCAGCUGUCAUGGACCAGUUCUUCAUGAAAGAUGGUGUUACUGUAAAUGAUGUCACUCGAAUGAGUGGAAUUCGUGACCUGAUACCAGGUUCAGUCAUUGAUGCUACAUUGUUCGAUCCUUGUGGCUAUUCGAUGAAUGGAAUGAAAAUUGAUGGAACUUACUGGACAAUUCACAUUACUCCAGAACCAGAGUUCUCCUAUGUUAGUUUUGAAACUAACCUGGCCCAAGCAUCCUAUGAAGAUCUGAUUAAAAAAAUUGCAGAUAUCUUCAAGCCAGGGAAAUUUGUUACAACCCUUUUUCUUAACCAGAGCUCCAAAUGCCGCUCAUUUUCUUCUCCACAAAAAAUUGAAGGAUUCAAGCGCCUCGAUCGCCAGUGUGCCCAGUUCAACAAUUACAAUUUUGUCUUCAAUAGUUAUGUCAAGAAUUGUCAGCAACAGCAGAGUUGAAUACCAAAAAUGAAGAAACGCAAAAAGAAAAUGUGCGAAGUGGAUGGUGGCAGUACUUUAGUUAAAAGUAGCAAGGGCCAAACUUUACACUGUCACCAUCUUAUCCAUGUUGUAGGCCCUACAUGUAAUCAUAACAAUAGAAUUGUGUCCAUUUCGAAAUGUAAGCGUUAUUGUAACAAAGAGUUGGAUAUCUUGCAUGAAUGCUCUUUUCUUUGUUUAGGUAAGCUAGGCCAUUCUUGCUGUGAUAUUGAAGUGCAUGUAGAAAAAUUCAGUGCUUAUUGUUUACAGUUAUACAGCACUUGCAAAUUUGGAAUUGUGAGAUAUGUAGGUUUUCUAUGGGUGUCGCCAAAAAUUCCCCACAGACAAGGCUUUCGUGCUCACUAAAUCUGAGCCCUGGCAUGUUUAAAACACUUUGCUUCUUAGUUUCUUUCAGCCAAACUUCGUAAAGACUAGUUCUUCAAUCGCUAUCAUGACUUGCAAUACUUAUACUAGCCAUUCUGUGUUGUUUGACCAAAAUGUGUGGUAGUUUUGUGUUACAGUUGGGAUUCCUGUGUAAUUCCAUUUUUUGACCUAAAAGAGCAAGGCUGAAGCUUGGCACAUUCCGUAAGAAUACAUUUUUGAAAGAGCUCAGAUAGUUGGAUGAAAAGGCUGUGGAACCUUCUGUUUUAAACAUGCCAGGGAUAACUCCAGAACGUUUUGUAUGUCCUGCUUGUAUAAAUGUCCGCAGGCAUUGAUGGCAUAAACUGUAAUGGUUCCGUUUUAAAAUCUUUUUUUGUUUGAGCAGCAUCAAAGCUUUUGUCCAGUGACUGAAAACAAUCCCAUGACUGCAUGGUCCAUGCAACAAUUCUGCUGGUGCUGUGACUAAUUUGGUCAUAAAUUGUUUGCUACAUUUAUUUUGGCCUGGUGACGGUAGACAUAGAUAGGAAAUGACCAGUCAGGAAGGCAUAAUCACAAAUCAAAAUGGAGUACAUUUGUAAGUGAUGGAAAUUAAAAUGACAACAUAGUUAUGGCUAAUUCUUAAUGAGUUUCAAGAUAUUAGGGCUGGUUUGUAUCAGUGUGCAGUUUUUUGGGAGCUUGAUGAGAAAUUAUUCCUGGAACAUGACAUGAAUAUACUCUUCUCUUCCUUCCCUCAAAAAGGUGAAUGGUUUUCUGUUAUUUUUCUCAAAACCUUUAUAAGAGUGGUUUACAAACUGAUUAUCAAAUGAUUGUGGUAUUUGCCACUUUUAUUUUUAUUGCUAUUGCAGAUCAUAUUUAAACUUCAUUAGAAGUUCUGAUAGUUCACUGUGGUGUUAAAAGAAACCUUGUGAGAUUUAUUUUGUGGACCAAUCAUUUUUGAAGAUUUUUUUGAACGAGUAUAAUUUUGGGAUGAUUGUAUGAAUAUCCACAAGUCUUCACAUGAUGAAAGUUUCAGAUGACAUCCAGAAAUGGUCAGGCACUACUAUUCUAUAAUAAAUUCAAACAAGAUUGCACUACUUUUACAAGAUAUAAUAUUUUUUGAGAGGUUAUCAGCUCUUACUGUGAAACAAAAGUUCUAGUAAGUGGAAAGUGAUUUUGCUGAUGCUGCUUUUAGUUGAAUGGGGAUGAGGGGAAAUUUUGGCAUCAACUGUUUUUGCCAAGUAUUAAAAUAUUUUAAUCAUUCAAAAUCUUUUCUAAAUCUAUCUAAUGCAAGAUUGAUGCUCCCAAUAAAAUGAGUUUGACUGAA